CCCCUAGCCUUUUCGCUCCUAAAAAGCGGCUAAUAGGACGAAAACGGCGACAGAGCCCCUCUCUUCCUCUUUUCUUAGCAGCCAACCAAGAGAGAUCGAGGGAAACAGAGAGAGAUGGAUCACGUAGCGGCAGUGGAAGAACGAAUAGUAUCCGAUAGAUUGAGAAGGAAGCUCGAGGAAGCGAACAUCGCGGCGCAGAACCAGCUCUCUCCCAUCCAAGACCACGUCAACUUCACCCUCCAGCAAGCAUACUUCAAAUGUGCAUAUGAAUGCUUCGAUAGGAGGAGGAGGCAGGAGGAUAUAAACAACUGCGUGGAGCAUUGCAGUGUUCCGGUUCUCAAUGCCAAUAAUCUUGUCGAAACUGAAAUGGCCAAAUUUCAGGAACGAAUGAACCGGUCUCUAAUGGUAUGCCAAGACAAGUUUGAAGCAGCAAAACUCCAGCAGAUUAAAACAAGUGCCAUGAAUGACUUGGAGUCCUGUGUCAAUCAGGCCAUUGACGACAAUAUAAAAACUCUUCCUCACAUUGCUGACCGUAUCAAGGCCUCUCUCUCUAUCAGUUGAGAGUUUAACCCAGUUUGCUUCAAUAAUUCAGAACAUCAUCAUUCAAGAUAAAGAUGUGACCAAUUCUUUUCAGAGACUUUGUAAUAUUGAGAUAUCUUCAGUAGAAUUUUUCAGCUGCAGGCUGGAUGGGAGGUCGGCUAUACUUCCAAAUGAAGUGGCUUGAGAAAAAGUAUCAACUCAUUAGACUCAUUGUUCAUCCAUGUACUUCUAAAAACUAAUACUUAUCAUUCAUCUUUCAUAUCCAGACACAAGAUGAUUCCAGAUGGGCUUAUGCCAUAAAUUUUGUGGUGGCUUCUUGCAAGUGGCUUUAUUGAAAGUUAUUUAAAUUUAA